AUGUUUUUGAAAGCUGCCAUCGAGAGCGAUCUGCCAGUUUUCAAAGAGAACAAUGGAAGCCAUGACGUGGCACCUAGGCAGAAUGGAAAAGAGAAGCUGUUCCGAUGUUGGCAUUGUGGUAAAAACUUCGGUAACAGCUCCCAUCUGCUGACCCACGAGAGGACCCACGUUGGCGAGAAACUCUACAAAUGUUCUCACUGUGGAGAAAGUGAGAGGAUCCACAAAGGCCAGAAGCCCCACAAAUGCUCUCAUUGCGGGCAGACUUGUAGUCAGAAAUCCGAUCUUUUGAAACACCAAAGAACCCAUCCGGGCGAGAAGCCUUACAAAUGCUCUGUGUGCGGCGAAAACUUCCGAAACGAGUCGAGUCUCAUAGUGCACCAGAGAAUCCACACCAGCGAGAAACCGUAUGUCUGUUUGUACUGUGGGAAGUGUUUCAGCCGGCGCUCGCACUUCCUGUCGCACGAGAGAAUUCACACAACUCUAUGCUCCCACUGCGGAAAAAGUUUCGGUCAGAAAUCGGAGCUGGUGGAACACAAGAAGACUCACCUGGCGGAAGAUUUGUUGGCAUGUUUUGCCUGCGGGAAAAUAUUUGAACGCAGCUCUGAGCUCUUGGCGCACGUGCAGACUCACAAAGAGAAGCUGUUUGAGUGCUCGGCCUGUGGGAAAACGUUUCGGAACAACUUGCAUCUGAUAGCUCAUGAGAGAAUCCAUACUGGAGAAAAGCCACACAAGUGCUUACUGUGUGGAAAAAACUUCCGAAACAUCUCGGAUCUCAAAUCUCAUGAGAGGACUCACAGGGGAGAGAAACCCUACCGUUGCUCUCAUUGUGAUAAAAGUUUCCGGUGGAGUUCACACCUCCUGUUGCAUAAGAGGAUUCACACGGGAGAGAAACCCUACCUGUGUUCUGAUUGCGGGAGAACGUUUGACAGGAGGUCCAGCCUUCUGGUGCACGUGAGGAUCCACACAGGGCAGAGGCCCUACGUGUGUACGGAUUGUGGGAAAAGUUUCUUCUCCAGCUCGGUCCUUUUGCGGCAUCAGAAGGUCCACGUGGGAGAAGAUGUUGCAAGGUGGUUAGAGCGCGGGAAAGGUUUCGGACAGCACGGGGACCAGGCGGAAAAGGUCUCAAAGUGUCCUGAGUGCACCCAGGGACCGUCCCCGAGUUUGGAUCCUGAACAUGCGCAAAUGCAAUUGAAAGAAAAGAGAUUUGAAUGCCCGCUCUGCAGCAAAACGUUCAAAAACAGCUCUCACCUUAGGAUGCAUCAGAGUGUCCACACCAAAGUUCAACCAAGCCAGUGUCUGGACUGCGGGCGAAAUGUAAUCAGGAAGCCUAACCUCAUUGCCCCUUUGAAAAAGCCCUCUGGGCAAACCCCGGGAAAAUGCUCAGAAUGUGAAAAACGGUUGAGUUUGAUCUUGGGAGGAAAACGUUAA